CGUCCGUUUGUCCACAUGCGAAUGUAUUAUCUUUGAUUAGGAAAACUGUGAUAUCGUAUUUGGAAUUUGUUUUGGUCUUUAUUAGCGUUUGUAUGUCUGUUUGGCUUGUGAAUGAGUUUGAGCCCUUUGCAGAUUGUCGUUGUUGCUUAUAGACUCUCUCUGCUACUCUCAUCUAUAUAAUUACUUUUCUAUUGAAGAAAUGAGAAGGAAAAGUGACAAGCUGAAGGAAAAAGAUAGAGAGAGUCCAGAAAAGAAAACAGUCCGGCGAUCAUCUCGGAGGCAUUCUAAGAGGAGAAAACACUCCCAUUCCUCUUCACCAGAAGCGGAAGACUCUGGUGCAGAUGAUAGUGAGUCUCAAUGCAGGAGUAGAUCAUUGAAACGAGAUGAGAAACAAGAGGAUGAUACAGUUUCUAAUGAAUUAAAUGAAACAAUUAAGUCUGGCCAAAAGAAGACGGAUCCAGGCAAAAAUGCAGAAAAAAACUUGACAGGCUGUGAAGAGGAUUGGAAAGAAGACACUGCAUUUUGGUCCGAAGACAACCCACAGGGAUUGCUUCCUAAAGAGACUACAGAACCAAUUCAGAAAAAGUUACCCACCACAGAAGUGAUGGACACAGAUGAAGGUUCACAGUCUCAGCAGUCUCUGGCUGAGACUGGGAGAGGUGUUCUUUUAGAACCAAAGACAAGAAGAACAAAACGGAUACGUAGGAGGUCUACUGCCAGUGGCUGUGAGGAUGGAGAACCUGCUGCAGACAGAGCAACAUGUGACGAAAUUGCAGCCAGUUCUGCAGUUGAGAGUGAAGAACAGAGAGGAAGAACUGAAAGUGAAUCUGACAAUGGGACUGAAGUGACAGUUAGUAAAAGGGAUAGAGUGGCUUCAGACUGUGCUCAGGGAAGUAAUGAGUCGGAAGCAAAGGGGAGUGAAGUUAAAUUGAAUGAGAACUCUAGUGAACAGGGUAGAAGAAAUUCCAUGGAUAAUAGAUCAGAGCAGGAAGAUCCUGCUGAAGAGAAACCAUCUGUUGGAUUAAAUUCUGAGGUAGUAAAAAAAGAAAAAACUAUAGAAGAAAAGAUUGCAGAUAUGUGCAAUGAUUCUUCGUGUGAUAAGUCAGAAGCAGACUGCGACAACAACUCUCAGAAAGAUAUUUCUGAGGGCAUGACUAAAGAAAAGGUACUGGAACUUCUAGGUGAUGACAGUUCUGCAGUGCAAAGCAGUUUGAAGUUAGAAAGUGACAGAGAAACAUCAGAUGAAAGUACUGUACAACAAGAUGCAAUCAAAGAUGACAGUAGUGCAUCACGAGCGUCUUCAGAGACACCUUCCAAGGAAGGUGCUGUUCCAAGGAGACGCAGCAGCAGUGAUUCGGCAGAUUUUCAGUCAAAUAGGGAGGAGGGUGGACGUGACUCAUCAGAAAGAGUGAAAAUGGAAUCGUCUGAUGAAAAAAAUGCUCUUCUUAAGGAAACUGUCUCAUCAUCUGAUAAUAAACAGCAGCCUGAGGCAGACGAUUCUGCUAAGAAAACUGACUCAGUGCAUGAGAAAAACUCACAGAAGACUGAUAAGCAUUUGGAGGAGCUCCACGAGGCAGAUAACUCAUCUGCAAAAAAUGAGAGUGGCUCAUCUGAUCAACCGAAAACAGAAGAGGUGAAAGUGAAACCAAAGAGAAUAAAAUUGUGUCGGACAAGUAGAGAUGCGAACAGCUACAGUGCAGCCAGUAAAGACACCAGAAGCCACAGCCCUGAUUCACACGAGAACCAAAGGCCUGUAAAGUUGAACAGGAAAAGUCGUAGUCCAGAGCCAUCACAGAAGAGUCGCAGAAGGGAAAGUGACUCACAAGAACCUCACAGUCCGGGUCAACGUUACGAAAGAAUUAUUUUAAGGAGAUCAUUUUCAGAAAAAUCUGUUUCAAGAAUUGAAGGGGACACAGGAACUGUUUCCCGUGAUGAAGCCAAAACUGAUAUUGCAACAGAUGGCAAGGAUAAUAAGGAGAAUGAGAAGCUGGUCUCAAACAAAGCAGAUGCUGCAGCAGCUGGCAGCAUUUCUCGAAAAAGGCGUUGGGGUGCAAGUAAGACAAGCCGAGCCAAUAAGAAGCCUGUACUUUCAAUCUCAUCAGAUUCUCUCAAGAACUUGAUUCCUGGUGCCAAACCACUUUCUGCUGGAGAAGUUCAGCUGACUGAAGAUGAUAACUGUAAAGAUACUAAAAUUGAAGUGGAAGAAAGCUGGUCAGCAAAAGUUACAGAGGUAAAGGAAUUGAUGAGGCCACUUGCAGUGAUGCCAGACACCAGCAGACCCACUACGUCAGCAGCAGAUGAUCACAAUAGAUUCGCUGUGAGGAAGAUCUCAAUUGUGUCUGAUGAUGCCCGGACCUUGCAACGUUCCCCCAGUCCUCCAAAAAACAAGGUGUCUGACAUAUUGUUUAUAACCAAUUUGGUACGGCCUUUCACAGUUCACCAACUGAAGGAAUUGCUUGCAAGGACUGGCACUAUUGUUGAAGAUGGCUUCUGGAUUGAUAAAAUUAAAUCAAAAUGUUUUGUGCAGUACGAAACAGAGGACCAAGCAAGGGAGACACGGCAUGCGCUCCAUGGUAUAAGGUGGCCUGUCUCCAAUCCAAAACAGUUGUGUGUAGAUUUUGGACGAAGAGAAGAUAUGGAAGCAGCAAAGGCAGCGGGUGAAACUGACAGUGUUGCGCGCAAGACAGAUCCGCUACAGGUGGAAAGAGUGCCUCCAGUCUCUCUGCCUGUGCAAGGCGGAAAUAUUCCACUUGUUGAGAACUGGGUUGCAUCUCAGCAGCAGCGUGAAAAAGAACGAGACAGAGAACGUGAUAGGGAGAGGGACAGGGGUCGAGUUAAGGAAAGGGGAGCUGCACCGCCAGAACAGAGGACACAGAAGGUUCCUCCUGCUGUUAGAGAGUGGGAUCUUGGUAAGAUCGGGCAAAUGUCUCCUGAAAGAGAUAGCAGAUCGGAAGAAAGAACCAAAGACAGAGAACGAAAAUCUCGCAAAGAUAAGCCACAUAGGAGCAGGAGCACAUCUCCUUCUGAUAUAUCUGCUAGAAAAAGUAAGAAAAAAGAGGAUGAUGCACCAGCAAAACUUUUGGACGAUUUGUUCAGGAAGACAAAAACAGCACCAUGUAUAUAUUGGCUUCCUCUUACUGCAGAACAGAUAGUGGUGAAGGAAGAAAUGAGGCGCAAGCACAUGGCGGAACACGAGCGCCGUAUGGCAGAAAUGCGGAAAGCAGAACGUGAAAGGGAGAGGGAACGUGCACGAGCUCAGCAGAGGCCCCACCGCCGAAGUGGUGGUGGAGCUGGUGACAGGGACAGAGACAGGGAGAGGGACCGCCGGUCUGGACGGCGACGCUCUGCCAGUGGUUCACCUAAGAAAUAAAGAGUGAGGAGCUGUCUGGUGACACAGACAGCCAGCAGGAGAACUGGCAUGACUAAGUCUUGGCAGAUAUAGGUCUCCCAGGCCACAACACGGGGCCCACUCGCGCUCGUCUGGAGGGUCCCCAAUGGUCGGUUAUCACGUAAAAAGUGUUUCUCAAAUCAUUGUUUACAUCUUCAUAAAUUCUUGAUAAUUGUUUUGCUUUAUGAUUCUAAUUCCAUCUUUUGGUAUAUCAGCGUAUUAGUAUUUUUUGCUUUAUCUUAGCUACACAGUUAGUUUCUGAAAUGAUGUUUUCAUCAUAUUCUUCUGUCACAGAUAGACAGGCCUUUGAUGCGUGUAUUUUUAAACGAAUCUUCUAUUCUUAGUUAUAGGUCGUGUCAGUAUCUUUGUUGUAAAUACAAUAGACCAUAACAAUUCAAAGUCAGUACUGGUUUUGCUCACAUUUGCACGAGUAUUGAGUAAGAUAAUUUUUCAGAUGACUUAUUUGACUGCUUAAACUGACGAAUGACUGGUUGACCUCUUGACUAAUCCUGGGAUAUGCUUUCCACUGCCUGUUGUAUUAUUGAAGAAGUUUCAGCAUUUUAUUUUCAGGUUCAACGAAGAAUUGGUGAUGAGAAUUAUGAUCUCGCGGGUGCUGAUUACUUUUUGUCUUAUUAGGGGACACAGCAAUCAGCCCCCUCUAAGAUCUUGGGGGGAUGGUGUAUGGGCCCAGUCCUUUGGGUGUCUGUGCUGACAAGAUUAGUAAAGGAUAAACAUCGGACGUGUGUUCCACGCUGUAAUGGUCUCAGAAGACAGCAGCGAAAAAUCGUCGGGAAAUGGAAAGAAUUUUACCUGUUGCUUCUCCAGCAGUAACAAUUCUCCAUCAGUUUGAAGAUAGGCAACUCAAACGUUAUCAAAGUUUAGAAGAUAUGUGGUGUCACUGUGGCAAGAAGUGAUUUGCUUAAUAUGUUCGAAAGAAGAUAUUCAUCAUUGAAAUGUUGCUGUGGCUAUAGACCAUGAGGUGACAGAUGUGUGCAGAUUCUAACAAGGCACUACUUUUGAGCAUCUCUUCAAUCUGUAUAGCUUCUUGUGUUGCCACAGUGCAAAUAUAGUGCCUAAAAUUCUAACAGCUAUUUCUUUGGUAAUCUUUGAGACUUUGUCAAAAUGCAAAUAAUUAGAAAGCAUCAUCAGGUACCUUAUCUUCUUGUAAAUAAAUUUGUCAAAAGCACAACAUGUUAGUUGUGUUGGUAACAAAUAUUUGUUUUAAUCUUUUGAUCUCUAAAAAAUAUUGGACAUUUUACUCUCCUAGCUAAAAAUUAAAAAAAAAAGUUUUAGCUCCAGAGGUAAUAAAAAGUGGGUGCACUUUCUCCUAAUAACACCAAUAUAGUGAAACAAUACAACAAUUCAAAAAUAUUGUGUAAAUCAACAGUGCUUGUUUUGUAAAUAUAUAUAUAUGUUUGUG